AUGUUUGCUGAGGCCAACAAGGGACUUGCCUAUCUUCUGGCAAUUUUUGCAUUCCAAGCAGGCCCUAUUUGUAGCCUGCAGGAUGACGGCCCAAAGUUGGCCCGGUCGUCUGGCCGCCUGGUCGUUAAUGCGCGACUAACUCGGCAGCGGACAGAAAAGUGCGCUUUCAUUUUAGGCAGCAGCAAGCUUAGUCGUUUCGUUGGCAGGGCCUCCCUAGGCCAGUCUGGUAAGUAA